AUGCUUCGAUACAAUGGCGGGUCAGACUUGCCCAAGUCAGAGUCCGAGGCCAAGAAGCAUAUUGCCAAGAUUCGCAAGGCCAGGGAUAAGGAUAAGAAAUCGGGGAUCGCGGGGAUGAUGGAUAAUGCCAUCGGCAUUUUAUCAGACGAUCUGUAUCAGAAGCCUUCACAUUUUAUCCUGGAGUUCCUCCAAAACGCAGACGACGGCCACUACGACACACCCGAGCCAACUCUGGCAAUCACCUUAGAAGACAACACUGUUCGCUUCGACGCCAACGAAGUCGGUUUUACCCGUACCAACGUUGAUGCUCUGUGCAGCUUGGGCUCAAGUUCCAAGGUCCAGUCAGACCAAGCGACUGGUCACAAGGGCAUCGGGUUCAAGUCCGUCUUUAAAGUUGCCGACAAAGUAUGGAUCAAAUCAGGUCACUACUCCUUCAAGUUCGAUGCUAGGGAACGCUUAGGAACCGUGGACCCCAUCUGGACCAAAUUUCCAGAUGAUGAGCGAGAAGGAUAUACAUCGAUCCGUCUCCGGUUGCUGCCCAAGCUGAAUCUCUCUGCUCUGGCUGAUGAGCUAUUCAAGCUUGAUGCGCAGCUGUUGCUGUUCCUCCGGAAGAUCCAAUGUAUAGAAGUCCACGUUAUUCCGGAGAAGGGUCAGAGGGCCCGGCCUCGCAGGGUGUUGAAGCGAAGCACAGAUUCUAGAAUUCCGGAUGGCUUGCAGCGAUUCACGUUGAUGUCAGACUAUUCAUCAACAUUCCUCGUCUCAAGUCAUCGUACCAUCAAACUUGGGCACGACAAUAGAAGGAAGGGACGGAAGCACUCGGACAUUCUCCUUGCAUUUCCAGAAAUGUCAUUCAGACAUCCGCCUACGGCGACUCAGAACGUCUAUUCCUUUCUACCCAUUCGGAACUACGGUUUCAAGUUCAUAAUCCAGGCCGAUUUUCUCCUCACUGCUAGUCGAGAGGAUAUUGACAACUCCUCUGACUGGAACAUCAAGCUGCUUGAUGAACUCCCCGAAGCCAUGCUCACAGCGAUCAAGCGUUUCAACUCCCGUCGUCUUUACGAUGCAUGGCUCCCGUACCUCAUCUUUGACCACGUCCAACCAGGCUUCUUUGAGAACCUUGGACAAGAUAUCCUCAGCUUUCUGUCGAAGCAGCCAAUCUUGAAGUCAAUAACCGGCGACCUCAAACCUCCGUCAGAGCUGACUCGCAUCCCGCUGUCCCUGGCGGACACGGACGGCAGCUCCAUGAUCCCUCGGAGCUUUUGCCCCUACACACUGGUCUCGUCAGAGUUGUCAUCUCAGUUCACAGGUGCACUGGAUGGCCUGGGGGUCAAGACCCUUUCUAGCGAUGAGUUCCUCAGUGAAAUCUCUUAUUUCAUCUCCAGGUUUUCCACGGUCUUUCAGUCUCAGCCUGCGUACUGGCACUCGCGACUCGCGUCCAUUCUCCUUCUCCUUUGCGGGUUACCGGAGUACAAGGCCCAGAUCGCCGAAUUACCCAUUGUUCUGCUCCAAGACGGUCGAUGGGUUACCCUCAAUGCGGGUCAACUUCUAUUGCCUCUGAGAUCCAGCGUCGGGCCAGUUCCAAAAGGAAUUUCUGGCAUGGAAGUCCACCGUGAUGUUGCCGAUAAUCCAUCCCGUCUUCGACUGAUUCAGGAAUUCGGGGCGCGAGAGUCUGGCCUCAGGAUGGUCUGCGACAUCAUCACCAAGGCGCACGAGGACAUGACCUUUGCCCCUCAAGACGUUGACACAGACGAACUUGUCUCCCACAUUGUCUUUCUAUAUCGUGCUCAAUGGGUCCGGACCUCGGUCUCUACAAAGAUCUGGUUCGUUGCAGAAGAUGGUAACCGUGAUCGAGGCCAUCGCAUGUAUGUCGACUCAAACUCGGAGUUCUCAGCGGGCGCUGUCUUCUUCGGAAACCAUAGAGCCAAGUUCCACUUCUUGCACGACAAGUAUGACCUCGCUUUCUCGAGAAUCCGAAGCAAUGAGAACCCGACGCAUUGGAAGAAGUGGAUCCGCGAGAACUUUGGUAUUGCACAUCUUCCCCGUCUAGCAUCGACAAUAUCCGAAGACAGGCAGAGCUUUAUCUUAUCGAGGGACUUUAAGUACCUGAUGGAUCACCAGUCCUCAAAGAUAGUCUUGGGUGUUCUGAAACACAACUGGAGUCACUACUCUCGAUGGAUUCAGGACGCACCCACUGACGCAACCGAGAAGGACAAGAAGCGAUCGAAAGAAAAACUGCGAUUCGAGCUGUCCUCCUGGCGUGUCCAAUGCCGCGGCGGUCCGUAUGUCCAUUUCCCGCUGAGAAAGACUUGUCUUCCACGCAAGAACGUACUUGUUGGACUCGGUCUAUGGGGACACGCAUCUGGGAUGCAGGGCCAUGCUCAAGGCUACCCCCUUCUCGACAUCUCUGACCCGGAGGAUAGUGGCUGGGACUUUUUGCAGCAUUUCGACGUCGUUACGGAGUUGAAGCCAGUACACUUCAUCAAUCGUUUGAUGGAUCUCCGACGAAGUGAUACCACCCGGGCCGCUGUCUCUGUACUGUAUGAUCAGAUCGUUGCUUGUGCGGAGGAUAGUCAGAUCGGGACCAUCAGGAAAGCAUUUGAGGAGUAUAACCUCAUCUUCAUUCCACCUACAGACCAUUGCCCAAACCGCUGGGUUGGCCUGGAUGAGUGCACCUGGGAAGGUUUCACCUGCCUGCGCAAGAUUCCUGACUUGAAGAGACAUUACCCUUCUCAUCAACACGAGACCCUCUUCCGAAAGUACCUCAAUAUUCCCGUUGCUAACCUGAAAACGCUCGUAUCUGAAGUUCAACAAGUCACGUCUUCCGACUCGCUAUCCUACCUCCGCGAUCUAUUCGUCACGACUAGCAGACGCAUGGAUGCCGCCACCUUGUCCGAGUACAACGAUGCAGCCAUUGUCAAACAACUAGGUGGGCGCAAGAUUUGGCCAAUCACGAAGUCAAGCGAUAGUGAUGGCUUUGAAAGUCUCAUGGCUAAUGACGAUGUGUGGUACAUUCCUGAUCACGGCCACUUGCGCGAGACCUUUUCAGGGAAACUGCCUUUCUUGGCCUUCGAUACCGCGACUCUUGCUCAGCUUGAGCAACUGUUGCGUCCAUUUGGCCUCGAUAGGCGGAUUAUCUCCAAGGCGGCAACUUCAAAGACGAGCACGAUGGGGGAAGCGCCUUGCAUGCUCGAGUACACCAAGGCACUUACGGCCAAAGCAGAACUUGUUCCUAUGGGCCACGCAGACAGGAGCACCAUCUUGCGCCGCCUUGGUGCGAUAUGCGUCUAUCAACCGCAGAAGGUGUCCGUGCAAUGGACCGUCGUCACCCAAGUCGCAGACAUUGUACAUGGCCAUGAAGAAUCUGGACGGGUAUCGGUGACGACCAAAGAAGACGGACUCGAUAUCUACCUCGUGCCUGAAGACUCCAACAUCUACUGCCCUCCGCUGGAACUGACGGAAGAGCUAGCGGCCUGUUGUGGCAUCACUAACCCUGAACACGUCCAGCUCUUGACGCACAUCCUGGUACAGCAGGAUAUCCAGCGGAUCUCGAGUGACCUUGAGAGGAAAGGUAUACCGAAUGAUCUGGAGGGAUUUGACAACACAAAUGCGAAGCUUCCGGAACCGGUAUCCGCAGAUGUCAAGGUCUCAAGUAGCUUUGACGAUCAUGUAGACCCUCUAAGCUCGCAAGUUCAAACAUUAUCAGGCAGUUACAUGGAACGAACCCCCUCUCCAUCCUCCUAUGUUGCGAGGACUGCUGAAUGGGAUGAAGUUCAGAAACGCUACAGGCUUGUUACUGUUGGACCUAAGACUAGGUCUAUCAAGUAUGGAGUUACGGCGUUGUCGGUUCCAGAGUCCUUUGCAUCAGGCAGCCACAGCGAAAAGGAAGACAAUUUUAUUGGCCAGCUCUACGUCUCAAGCUUUCUAAAAGAAGUUGUUGGCGACGGAUACACGCCCAGCAUUCACUGGACAAGUCCUCUCAGAAAUAUGGCAGGCCACAGCCCGUUCCAGAACGAUGCUCCAGAUACGUCAACAUUCACCGUGCAGGAUACGCAGGGACAGUUCAAGCAGUUUCUGGCACAGAAGGGAUUCCAAGGUAUCGAGUCCCUCGCAGAUUCUGUCAUCUUUCACAUCGAGACCAUCGUUUCUGAAGAGUCGUUGUACUCUGGCUUUACACUCAAUGCGCAUCAAGCGAAGAAGGCCGAAAGACUAUCUUUGACCCGACCGGCAAACAUACCUUUGACUGAAGCCUUCAUCUUGGCUGUCGUAUGUAAUCUUCAUGACGAGCCUCGAAUCGCCUUUUUCGAUGACCCAUGGCGGCACUAUCAUGGCGGAUCUCUCUCACUGGAAGCACCAAGCGGCUACUGGGCACGCUUCAACGAAACCGCACGCCCUCUCCAUGUCCGAGGUGCUGCAAACGUUCAGACUGUGUCGUCCGAGGAUUCUGGUUGCUACAAGUAUCGAGACCUACGUCCAGGGGAGAUGCGACUGUUCAAGCUCUCCCCUGGAACGGGCGACGAACCUCUGAAAGGUAGUGUCCACCACGUGCUGGCUGAUUCUGACGAAGAGUAUCAGGCUCUGUCCUAUGUAUGGGGCGACAUCAACUGUUCCCUGGCGCCACACUUUAUCGAGACUUCCGAGGGAGGGCUCCAAAUCAGCUUUUCGCUUCAUUCCGCGUUGCGAGCUAUCAGAGACCAAAAGACUGAUACAAUGCUCUGGAUUGAUGCCAUCUGCAUCAACCAGAAGAGCGUUACGGAAAAGGCCAUACAGAUUCGCCUCCUAAGCACAAUCUUCCAGUCUGCUACGCAGGUCGUGGCUUGGCUUGGCCCAGAGGACCAAAGUCAGAACGCCGACAUCGUAAUCGACAACCUCAAGAGCAUCACCCACUUUGCGCGGCAGUCGGAAUCCGCAUAUUGGUGUACGUUCUUGGACAGCAUCAAGACCAAGAACCAGUCUCGGGGUGGCAAUAUUGACACCUGGGCUGACUUGGAUGCCUUCUUGGCUAGACCUUGGUUCAAACGUGUGUGGAUCGUGCAGGAACUGGUGUUACCAGCCAAAGUCACUCUCGUCUGUGGUAAGUCAACGAUCGACUGGGAUGAGUUCUUUCGGGCAAUUCAGCUCUGCGAACGCGGGCUCAACUCGGGAGGUGGUCAUCACACCGACGAUGUUCUCGUCCUUCAGCACGCCAGCCCCGCGUACGCACUGGGGAUGGCACGAAAGUCACUCAGAGAAGGUCGCAACAAGUUUGGUUUUCUCCACUUGUUGGACAUGUUUGCACACUGCCAGGCGACUAAGCUUGUCGACAAGCUAUUCGCACUUCUUGGUCUUGGGUCUGACUGCAGUCAGCAAGAGUUCAACCCGGAUUACGACUCCACCGUCCAGCAGGUUGUUCAGAGGUACGCUACCUGCUUUGUGCAGCGAGGUCAGGUGAUGGACCUUUUGUGCCGGGCUGGGAUGAACAAGGCGUACGGCUUCUGCUCAUGGAUCCCCGAGUGGACAAGACACAGCUUCCCCCAGACGAUAUCCACAUGGGAUGCCGCAAAGGGGACCUUCUAUGCUGGCAAGCGGGAGCAUCCGACGGCUGAUAUGCAAACGACAUCUGACUCUAGCCUUUCGGUUUUGCAAGUCAGUGGUAUCUCAGUUGACAGAAUUACAUCUGUCGCCACAAUCAGAGAGAUUGGCAAGGACGGCGCCGACUACUCUGGUACUGCAGACGACUUCCGCAACUUGAUCGAGUUCAUCCAUUCAUACCCAUCUGGGGAGAGCAAGGAAGCCAUUCUUCUCAAACUCCCCAUUGGAGACGCUAGGAAGCCUCACUUGGAAUCUACCACAGAUAGGCUACGAGCGUACCGAGACUUCGUGAGUCAGGAGACACAUGAGUGGCCCAGCGACCUAGAAGAGCUCGUGUGGGGAGACAAGAAGAGAUCGCCCGAGGAGGACAGAGUGGUCAAGCAAUACUGGCAGACUUCACAGGCGUUCAUGAAUAGAAUCUCAAAGGCAGUUUUCUGCAGGACUGAGAAAGGCUACGCCGGUCUGGUACCGGGAGGAUCACAACAUGGCGACGAAAUAUGCACAUUUGGUGGCGGCAAGGCGCCAUUUGUGCUCAGGAAGCGCAUUGGGGCGGAGUAUACGCUAGUGGGCGAGUGCUAUAUACAUGGUCUUAUGCAUGGCUCUGAGAAUUUCCAGAGAGCCGAGGAGAGGGAAUUUUGCAUUGUAUAA